AAAAAAAUCGCUAAAAAAUAAUCAGUAAAAAGCGCGUCGGUUUUUUUGUUAUUUAGUGGCUUUCUGUGGUUUUGGAUUAUUCUCUCAUUUUCGUGUCAGCUUUUCCUCGCCUCCUCUGUGUAAAAUCGGCGAGGAAAAAGAGCUCACCUUCUUCUUCUUCUUCACCGAGAGAGAGAGAGAGAGAGAGAGAGAGAGAGAGAUGUUGGAGGCUUUGGUGCUUGUCGUGUGCAUUUUGAUUUGUAGUACGAGUUCUGUCAAUGGAGCCACAGAUCCAACUCAAGCUUCUGCUCUCCGGGUCAUGUACACCAGCCUAAAUUCAUCUCCUCAGCUGACUGGCUGGAGCUCGACGGGCGAUGAUCCAUGUGGGCAGUCUUGGAAAGGUGUAACGUGCUCGGGUUCAUCGGUUACAGAAAUCAAAUUAUCAAGUCUGCAGCUUAGCGGGUCAAUGGGCUACCAGCUUGAUUCUCUUACUGCAUUAACCAACUUCGACAUGAGCAAUAACAAUCUCGGAAACUCAAUACCUUAUCAACUUCCUCCAAACCUCCAACGACUAAAUCUGGCUGGGAAUAGCUUCAAUGGAGGCCUCCCUUAUUCGAUUUCCCAGAUGACUUCUCUCAAAUACCUAAACGUGAGUCGCAAUCAACUUCAGGGCGAAUUGGGUGGCCAAUUUGGUGGACAACUAACUGGUCUCUCGACAUUGGAUCUCUCUUUCAAUACUUUUACGGGCAACCUUCCUCAGGGUUUCAGCUCCCUUUCAAGCAUCAACUCAAUGUUUUUGCAAAACAACCAAUUUACGGGUCCCAUUGAUGUCCUUGCUGAUCUCCCCCUUCAAAAUUUGAAUGUUGGAAAUAACCAUUUUACUGGCUGGAUUCCCCCCCAGUUGAGAAAAUUAAACAAUAAUCUCCAGAUUGAUGGUAACUCAUGGACCAAUGGCCCUGCACCUCCCCCACCUCCAUUUACACCACCACCAACAAACAGACGAACCAACCCUGGUCAAAGAUCUGGUGGCAAUAACAGCCCAUCGGACAAUGGUGGAGGUGGGAAGAAAUCAGGCAUUGGUGGUGGAGGCGUAGCUGGUAUAGUGAUAUCCGUUUUGGUUGUUGGAGCGAUAGUAGUAUUCUUCUUGGUAAAGAGGAAAUCCAAAAGUUCCUUGGAUGAGGAAAAGCUUAGCUAUGACCGACCCUUCACCCCUCUUGCUUCAAACGAAGUUAAAGAAAUGAAGUCUGUUCAAACUUCGUCGGCAGCUAACACAAAGACCCUCGAAACAUCUCUUUCAAUAAAUCUGAAACCACCACCUAUUGAUCGUCACAAGUCAUUUGAUGAAGAUGAAUUUUCAAACAAGCCUAUUGUCAAAAGAACUAAUACAGCUACGAUAAAUGCUACAAUAUUUUCAGUAGCAGACCUGCAGAUGGCUACAGGCAGCUUCAGUGUGGAAAACCUCAUUGGUGAGGGAUCUAUGGGUCGUGUCUAUAGGGGCCAGUUUGAUGAUGGCAAGGUUCUGGCUGUAAAAAAAAUAAAUUCGUCUGCCGUACCCAACCAAUCACCUGAAGAUUUCUUGGAGGUGGUUUCAAGCGUCUCUCAGUUACAUCAUCCUAAUGUGACUGAGCUAGUAGGUUACUGUUGCGAGCAUGGGCAAUACCUUCUGGUUUACGCGUUUCACAAGAAUGGAUCACUGCACGAUUAUCUCCACCUCUCUGAUGACUACAACAAACCAUUGACAUGGAGCACACGUGUCAAGAUUGCUCUUGGCACUGCACGGGCACUAGAGUACUUGCAUGAAGUUUGCUCCCCAUCUGUUGUACAUGAGAAUUUCAAGUCAGCCAACAUUUUACUAGACCUGGAGCUCAAUCCUCACCUUUCUGAAUGCGGGUUGGGUAGCUUUGUCCCAGAUACGGAACAUGAGGCCUCAAACCAAAACACAGGAUCUGGAUACACUGCUCCUGAAGUUGUCAUGUCCGGUCAAUAUACUCUCAAGAGCGAUGUGUACAGCUUUGGUGUAGUCAUGUUGGAGCUUCUUACUGGUCGGAAACCAUUUGAUAGCUCGAGACCGAGAUCUGAGCAAUCUUUAGUUCGAUGGGCAACGCCUCAGCUCCAUGACAUCGAUGCGCUGGCUAAGAUGGUUGAUCCAUCACUCAAGGGACUCUAUCCUGCCAAAUCUCUAUCUCGAUUUGCAGAUGUGGUUGCUCUCUGUGUUCAGCCCGAGCCAGAAUUCCGUCCACCUAUGUCAGAAGUUGUUCAAGCACUGGUGCGGUUGGUGCAGCGAGCGAACAUGAGCAAGAGAACAACCGGAGGAGAGGAGCAGCGGUCUACUCCCAGAGCUGACGACUCCGACAUACAGGAGUACAUGUUUUGAGCCAUGCAUGCAGCUGAUGUGGUUGUGUUUUCUUUCCUCCUUCCCCCCUUUUCUUUCUUUCUUCCUUUCUUUUUUUUUUUUGGGUGAUGAUGUGCAGAGAACUAGUAUUUAUGAUGGAUGGAUACAUAUAGAGUAAGUGGGGGUUAUUGUCCUUUCACUUUUGAGGUUUGUGGAUAUGUUAUCUAAUGGUUCAGACUUCACAGAGAAGUGUCCCACACAAAACCAAGCACAUUUCAUUGUAUCUCUAGUGAUGCUGAAAAGGAAAGACCACUUCUUCAAUUUACAUUUACUCAGGGUAUGUAUAUAUAUGAGGAUUGCUAACA